AUGGGUUUCAUGAUCAAGCAGCUCGAUGAUACUGCCGGCUCAGCAGCCCCCGCAAUCAUUAUAGGUUUGUUCGUUGCUUUCGGUGGUGUCCUCUUUGGAUAUGAUACCGGUACUAUUAGCGGUAUCCUCGCUAUGAAAUUCUGGCGGAAGACGUUUUCGACUGGCUACAUCAACCCCGUGGAUAACUACCCUGACGUAACUGCCUCUCAAUCUUCUAUGAUCGUGUCCCUGCUCUCGGCUGGUACCUUCUUCGGUGCUCUGUUCGCUGCCCCCAUGGCUGAUUUCUUCGGUCGUCGCCUCGCUAUGAUCCUCAACACCGGGGUAUUCACCAUCGGUGUCAUCAUGCAGACUAUCGCCACUGCCAUCCCGCUGUUCGUGGCUGGCCGUUUCUUCGCCGGUUUGGGCGUUGGACUGCUCUCUGCCACUAUCCCCAUGUAUCAGUCGGAGACUUCACCCAAGUGGAUCCGUGGUACCAUCGUCGGUGCAUACCAGUUGGCCAUUACCAUCGGUCUUCUCUUGGCUGCCAUUGUCAACAAUUCCACACAGCACAGGAUGGAUACAGGCUCCUACCGUAUCCCCGUCGCUGUUCAGUUCGCCUGGGCUAUCAUCUUGGACAAGCAUGAGGCUGCCGCCAAGGCCCUUGCCCGUCUCCGUCGUCUUGAUAUCAAUGAUCCUGCUAUAAUUGAGGAAUUGUCCGAGAUCCAGGCCAACCACGAGUACGAAAUGCGUCUCGGGAAGGCCUCUUAUCUUGACAUUUUGCAGGGCACCUUGGGCAAGCGUCUUGCCACUGGUUGCGCUGUUCAGGCUCUUCAACAGCUGGCUGGAGUGAACUUCAUCUUCUACUACGGUACCACCUUCUUCGAGAACUCCGGCAUCUCGAACGGCUUCACAAUCACUCUGAUCACCAACAUCAUCAACGUCUGCUCCACCUUCCCUGGUCUGUGGAUGGUUGAGAAAUGGGGCCGUCGCAACCUGCUCAUGUUUGGUGCCAUUGGCAUGGCCGUCUGCCAACUGAUCGUAGCCAGUGUCGGCACUGCCCUUCCCGGUGACACCCACGCUAACAAGUCUCUGAUCGCCUUCGUCUGUAUCUACAUCUUCUUCUUCGCCAGUUCCUGGGGCCCCGUAGCCUGGGUAGUCACUGGAGAGCUUUUUCCCCUUAAGGCCCGUGCCAAGUGUCUGUCUAUCACCACCGCCACCAACUGGCUGCUCAACUGGGCUAUCGCCUACGCGACUCCUUACAUGGUCAACGCUGGCCCUGGUAACGCCAACCUCCAGGCUAAAGUGUUCUUCAUCUGGGGUGGUUUCUGUUGCAUUUGUCUUGUCUUCGUCUACUUCUUCGUCUACGAGACCAAGGGCCUGUCCCUUGAGCAGGUUGACGAGCUCUAUGCCAAGGUCUCCAAGGCUUGGAAGUCUCCUGGUUUCGUACCUUCCGUCCACUUCAGUGAUGUCCGUGAUGUUGCUGGCGAGAACGUCGGUGACCUUGCCCAGCUUGAGCACGAUGCUAUGGUGAAGCGUGAGGGUGAAAAGGCUACUCAUUUGGAGCGCACUGAUGUUUAG